ACUGAACGAAGCAAUAGAGUUAGUCCUGAAAUUUAAGAACUGGACAUUCUCCUCGUCAAAAAUGGCAACAGACUUGAGCUUUCAUUUCACUAAAGAAACGCCCGCGAAUCAAAUGUUUAACGACGUAAAAUCUUUAAACAAAUUCGACGAUGAAAGCUUCAAGAAAUUUUUAAAUCUAGUGCUUCAUUUCCUGUCUGGAAGCAGUGAUGUGGAGGAAUUUCAAACAAACCUCGAAUUAUUCUCACAAGAAUUGGGUGCAAGUCUUACUCCGUUAAAAAAUAUCACAAAAACACUGCUGAUCUUCUUCAAACAUGCAGUAAAGCAGCAUCUUUCUCCACAGUUUGUGAAAGAUGAUAUGGAAAAACUCGGUUUAUCACAAGAAAAGUUGCAACAUAUCGAGGAAGCAUGGAAAAGCAACCUGAUUUCCAUAUCACGUAAUGCCAUUGCGCAGACAUUCAUGGUGAAUCCUUUGGUCGACAUGGAAUGGAAAUUUGGUGUAACAUCUGCAAGUAAUGACAUGAAGAUCAUUGGAAACUCGUUUUUGCAACUCAAACUAAUCGUUGACAAAGGAGGAAAGAAAGAGAAUGUUUACAUGGAAUUAACCUUGCCACAAUUUUAUUCAUUUCUGCACGAGAUGGAGAAGGCAAGGACUGCCCUUGAGUACUUGAGUUGAAAUCAUACAUUUAUCAUAAAAAUGUUACUCAAAGUUAUCAUGAUUCAUUUAAAUGUACAAAUGAGACAGUAGAUUACAUUCUUUGUUACUAGCCAACGGGUGUUGCUAUUGACAAAGCAUAAUUGCAGAAACCAUUUAACUGACCUUGGAGCAAAUACAUUUUUUGCGGAACUUUG